AUGGGUGAUUUUAUCGACUCGCCAUUACUAGAAAGGUUGCCAAUCUAUCUACACAAAGAAUCUGCUCCCUAUCUAUCCAUCUCAGUUUUCUCAUUUAUAUAUCUAUCUUCUAUCUAUCUAUCUAUCUAUCUAUCUAUCUAUUUCUAUCUCUCUCGUUUCUAUCUAUCUAUCUAUCAUUUCUAUCUAUUUCACUCUGCUGAUUUCAUUCUAUUCAUCUAUUUAUCUAUCUCAGUUUGCUCAUAUCUAUCUAUAAAUCUAUCUCCUACUCAUUUUUUGAAAAAUCUAUCUAUCUAUCUAUCUAUCUAUCUAUCUAUCUAUCUAUCUAUCUAUCUCAGUUUCCUCAUUUCUAUCUAUUUCAUCUGCUUUAAUUCUAUCUAUCAGUUUAUCUAUCUCAUUUCACAUAUCUAUCUAUCUCAAUCUUCUCAUUUUUAUCUAUCUAAUUAUUUCAAUUUGUUCAUUUCUUCUAUCGAAUAUCUAUUUAUCCAACUCAGUUUGAUAAUAUCUAUUUAUAUAUGUAUCUAUAUAUCUCUGCUUAUUUUUAUAUCUAUUUCUCUCACUCUGCUCAUUUCUAUCUAUCUAUCUAUCUAUCUAUCUAUCUAUCUAUCUAUCUAUCUAUCUCUGUUUCGCCCUGCUCAUUUAAUUUUAUCUAUUUAUCUAUCUCAUUUCCUAAUUUCUAUCUAUCUAUCUCUCUAUCUAUCUAUCUAUCUAUUUCAGUCUGCUCACUUCCAUCUAUCUAUCUAUCUAUCUUUCAGUCUCUAUCCAUCUAUCUAUCUAUCUAUCUAUCUAUCUAUCUAUCUAUCUAUCUAUCUAUCUAUAUAUAUAUAUAUAUAUAUAUAUAUAUAUAUAUAUAUAUGUCAAAUUCGAAUUAUGGUUUUUAAACUACAAAUCUAUCUAUCUUAUUCUGCUCAUUAUCAAUCUAUAUUAUUCUGUCCAUUAUCUAUCUAUCUAUCUAUCUAUCUAUCUAUCUAUCUAUCUAUCUAUCUAUCUAUCUAUCUAAUUCUGUUAUCUAUCUAUCUAUCGUCUUAUUCUGCUCAUUAUCUAUCUAUAUAUCGUCUGUAUAUCUAA